AAAUUUAAUGUAUUUGUGGCGCUCGGAAACUCGCCUCUGCCUUUAAGAUGCCGAGAAGUUUUGAGUUGCUAUAGUGAUAAAGCUCAUAAUGGCGACGACGGCAGCCGAAGCUUAGACUGAAUUCUCCACUUUGAAUGACAAUACAGAAGAUUUUACAGAUGUUUUGCAGAGCUCCGAACUGACUGCGGGGGCCUGUAUUGGGAGGAUUAUUAUGCGUUUAAAGGCUGCACCCUCUUCACACUGACUGAGCUUCAGCUGCCUGAGAGGAACUGUUGGACCGGAUGAGCCGUUCUGCAUGGAGGAAGAAAAUGUAUCCGUGGCACUAGAAGAGCAGUGUCCAGGGACAUGAAACUCAAUCCACAGCAAGCUCCUUUGUAUCAGGGCCGAUGUGUUGUCACAGUGCAGCUUUCCGACGAAGAGCUGGCUGCAGAUGAUCGGGGAGUGGACUACUUCCUGCUGUUCGCCGGCAGCACGCAGAGACAUCUAACCAGCACCCUGAGGAGCAGCCAUGACACCUUACAGGCGUUAUGUCCCGCUCAUGACUGCUGUGAGGUGGUGUUGGUCACCUUGUGUUCAACCACCCAGACUCCCUCCAGGGGCCCUGAGAGCCCAGCGUCCUGCCCGGGGAUUGUGGCUCCAUUGGCCGAGCAUCGAUUCAGCUUUGUCCAGGAUUUGGCCUUUGACAUGGCCCAGUUCUUGGUGAGCACAGCGGGCCGGGCCGACGGCCUCGACGGGGCCCUGCUCCUGGACGAGUGUCAGAUUCCAGUGCAAGAGUGUGAGCGCCUGGAUGAGAACCUGGCACUGGCCCUCCACCACCUGGUGUUGCCUCCGGGAUGGAGUCUACUGGGGAGCAAACAGUCCAACAGCACCGACCUGAGCCCUCAGGAGACUCUGCUGCAUUUCUCGGCGCGGCGUGGCCUUUCUCGGGUGACCCGAUUUCUGCUGCGGCAACCCGGAGCCAGGGAAGCCCUUCAGCUGGUCAACAAAGAAGGUCACAGCCCGGCUGCCGUGGCGGCACAGCGAGGACAUGAGCAUCUCCGUGAGCUCCUCACAAAGGCCGAGACGGAGGCGGGCGAGGCGUCUGAAACUCUCCAGCUGGUGUCCGCGGAUGCUCGGGUGUGCUGCAACUCCCCCACGCUGAACACACACACUCUGACGGUGAGCGUUCGCCCUGGCCGCAGCGCUCCGACCCUUCAGGAGAGCGUGGAGUAUCUUCUGCACUUUUUAGUCCACCUCCAUGCCAAGGGAGUUUCUGUCUUGGAGCUGCAGUUGGACUCACUCCACACUGCUGCUGAGUGUUGUGACGGUGUGAAAACAGACUUAACCUGUCAGGAGCGACUCCAGCAGCUCCACUCAACGUCAGAGUGCUUGCUUUCAGAAAUCGGAGGGAGUGAGGAAGAAAGGAUCAAAGAGGAGAGCAGGAACUCCAUCGUAGGUGAACUCGGCGAGACACGUAACUCGGAGAAAGACGAAAGUUUGCCUCCAGCGUCAGAAAUCCCUCCCCGGCAUCACGGCCUGGAACCCCAGAGGGACGGGGUGUGUCUCAGUUCAAACUCUGAGGGAAAAGGUUGCCAAGGGGAGCGGGAAGGGAGGGCUGACUCCUGUCCCGGGUUGAAUUUGUGUGACAGGAGUGAAGGGGCACAGGGUGAGGCUGAAGGGGAAAGCGUCACUGUGGGAAAUGUCCCAGCAGAAAGCUGCGGUAAACAGGCAGAGGAAGCUGUGAUCCGGGAAGAACAGGAGGCCGGGGAGGGAGAGGAGCAGGAAGCGGGAGACGGCGCAGCCACGAGGGGAGAGGAGGGCGGAACAGAGCACACGGUUCUGACAACAGCCAGUGGAGACUCCUCAGUCAUGGGCCAGUCUCCGUUGUCAGGGAGUUCUGAACUUUUAAACUCCCCUGAAUCAGAAACAAAGCUGAGAUCUCAAGAUGGAGAUAACAUUGAGGAAGAACAAAUAGAACUUCCUCAAGAACCAUUUGAUGGGUUCAAUACAGAUGAGGAGGAAGAAGAGGAGGUUGGGAGGGAAGAGUUAAUGGACCCCAUUUCAACCCCAAGAGACCUCUCUGACCCAUCAGCGAUAGCCUGCGGUGAUGUAAUCGAGCGACGUGAAUCUGCUGUUCCACUACUGCUGAUAGAAGGCCUCCGUGAGGGGGAACCUCCGCCAGACAUAAACAGCCAAGAACAAAACCAGGAAACAGCUGGUCAGGAUUACGCAGCCGAGCAGGAGGAGGGCUCCGGUCCAGAAGCUGCCCGUCAUUCUGGGACUGACACUGGAGUUGAGAGCAACAGCGAAGAUGCCACCAAGCUCCAAGAUUUUGCUCCCGACGAACCCAAGAGCUUUGAUUUUUGGGUUUUGAACAGUGCCGAGGAAGAAACACGGACUGACCAGUCAUCACCAGGAAAUAUGCUCACUAAGAGGAAAGCUGACCAGGACUCAGGCGUGGCACACCGUGUCUCCAGUGACGACGAAGGAAGCUUUAGAUCUUUUGGAAGUUCUUCAACGGAAAUAUUUCACCCUACUGAGGAUAACAGCACCAUGCAGGAGGGAGAUCAAACUAUGAACAUAGAUAUAUCCUCAACAGGAUGUACAGAGGACUCAAAUGAUCUAACACCCAGCGUAAACCACGAACACUCACCAGGUGACGACAAUGAGCUUUUGUUGGACACUGGUACCGUCAGUUCUCUGAACCCUUCAGUUGGUAGUAAAGAUGAGUUGGAGUAUGAAUCAGGGCUACUUGAUGACUUUAAGACAAUGGAUUGCUUGAUUCCUGAAAGUUGUGAAGAACUGCUUAUAGAAUGUCCUGAACAGGAUUCAGUGUUGGAUCCAAUUCCUAUAGUCAGCGAGGAUGUCCCUACUUCAGAAGCUGGUGAAGGUGACAUCAGGCAUUCCUGCAGCUCUGAUGGGAAUAUUGACAUCCAGUCUGAAUCAGAGGUCAAAGUCAAUGGCCCUGUCAAAGACGACCAACAGACGGACGCCGAUGACAAACCAGAGGGAGCAGAGGAGAGUAGGAAUGUACAAUCGCAACCUGAACAGGCUGACUUAAAGGAGACUGAGGACACGGGGUCGACUGAGGGUCAGCUCGCCAUCUCAGCACAGGAUGCUGAUCCCUCGUCAGACACCGUAGAUGGUAUCUCUUCGGAACUGGAACCAUUUGCUGCUGUCGCGGAGUCAUCUGUGGACACUCCCGUCGAGGAUCAGAUGGCUGCCGACCCAGACUUUGCCGAUUCACUGGAUGGAGCGACGGAGAGCUGCGCGACUGCCGACCGAGAGGUGGAAGUCGACAAACCCGAGGACGCCGCGAGAUGCAUGGGGGAGGAAGAAAACGGCCCAGCAGAGGGACCGGACUCCUCGACGAUCCACCGAGACAGAGAGGCGUCGUUCCACCAGACUUGCAACCCUCAGCACUCAGAAUCCUCUACGUCUUCGGCGUUCCCCAGUUUACCCCGCAGAACCAGCAGUUCCACCAGCUGUCCCUCGUCCACUCACAGAGACUCUGGCAGCGACAUCGAAAGCCUCCUGAAUGCAGAGCCAGGAUAUGACAGCAUCUUCAGAAAGAACGACGAGCUGGUGACGGGAGGAGACAGCGCCAGCGAGGUCUCCGUCUCUUGUUCCUCCACAGACGACACCACCAGCGUCGGCCUGUCCAGCUCCAGUCCGGAGGGCAGCCAGGCCCUGAGCGGCAGCUGGAGCCCAGAGGAGGGCACCCAGUCUGAGGCUACCGACUCCAAAGGCCAAGACAGUUCUGCUGCUGCUACUGCUGCUGCUGCUGCUGCUGCUGCUGCUGCUGGAGGAGGACUAGGAGGAGCAGGGGACGCUGAAGAAGAAGCAAAAGACAGAGUGAGUGAGGUGCCGCGCCGUUCCAGUCUCUUCAGGAACAGCAGGCGCUCUCUGUCGCCACUUCGCCGCCACAGCUGGGGUCCAGGGAAGAACAACGGAGGAGAAUCAGAGAUGAACCAGAGGAGCUCCAUCCGUAGCCCUGGUGAGGGGAAGCCGGCCUUUCACAGGAGAAGCUACAGCUUAGAAGGGCUCAGUGGGAUCCAGGAAGAGCUGAGGGGCUCCACCAUCCAGGAGCCCCGCCACCUGGAGCGCUCCAGGAUGCCCCGGCACAACAGCGACGACAGGGGCUCCCUGGUGUCUCUGACGGAGGAGCAGGAGGACCGGGAGGAGGACAGCAGGCUGCAGCAACAGAAAUUGCGGCGAUAUCGGCCGCUGAGGAACAGCUGUCCCUCCAUGACCCUUCCACUCACCAAGUCUGUCUCCAUGGUCACCAUCAGCCACAAAGACAGCGAUGGUGUGAGGUUGUUUUCCAACCCCUCCGGGUCGGUAGCUUACAGUAUAUCGGAGGAAGAGCCGGGGCCUCUGCGGAGCGACACGGAGGGGAGGAACACGACCAAAGUCAGCCGGACCUUCAGCUACCUCAAGAACAAGAUGUACAAAAAGACGCGGGAAAAAGACCGAGACAAAAGGGACAAAGACAAAGAAAGCAAGGAGAAGGACAAGAAGGCCGUGAACGGACACCUUUACACGCCCGUCAGCUCCAACCAGUCCCUCCAGUGCUCCCAGUGCAAUAAAGCUUUUAAUGGCAGAGAGGCGUUCUGUUGUACAUACUGUAAUGCAUCCGUCCACAAGGGCUGCAGGGACAGCAUGCCUGUUUGUGCCAACGUGAAGAUGAAGUUGCCCAAACAGCAGUUUGCAGUGCCAGAUUCCAGCGCUCCGUGCUCUGUUCCUGGCGUCACAAUGAGGAACAAAGCUGGUGGGACGAGGGACCGUCCCAGGUCAGCCAUCUUGAGCCCCGAAGACAAUCUUCCCCUGAUGAUCCCAGGAUCACGGAGACACACCAGCAUCAUGACGUUCCCUGGAAACAAUCUGUCAAAGAGCCUCUCGAUUAGCAACAUCGCAGGCCCAUUCGAUGACAUCCCCAUCAAAGGCCUGCGCUACCUUUCCCAGUCCACAGACUCACUCAACAGAACCAACCAGGUCACAGAAUCCAUGGAGUCGCUCACUGAUGAAGGGACGGAGAUGAUGGACGCGCAGCUUCUGGGGGAGUUCGAGGCGAACUCCAAAGAGUUCGAAGCAGACUCCUGGAGUCUGUGCGUGGAGCAGCAGUACCUGCAGCAGCAGAACAAAGAGCUGGUCAAGAAACAAGACGUCAUUUACGAGCUGAUGCAGACCGAGAUGCAUCACAUCCGGACGUUGCGCAUCAUGUCGGAGGUAUACAGCAAAGGCCUGCAGAAGGAGGUCCCCCUGGAACAGCACACGGUGGAGAAGAUCUUCCCGGCGCUGGACGACCUCCUGGACCUCCACUCGCAGCUCCUCCAGCGCCUCCUGGACCGAAGGAAGGAGAGCCAGCUGGAGGGGGGAGGCUCGGAGGGUGGCUUUGUCAUCAACAGGAUAGGAGACAUUCUGGUCAGCCAGUUCUCGGGAUCCAACGGCGAAAGUAUGAAGAGGGUUUACGGGAAAUUCUGCAGCCGCCACAACGAAGCCGUUAACGUCUACAAGGACCUCAUGAACAAAAACAAAAACUUUAAAACCUUCAUCAAAAAAAAGAGAAGUAGCAGCACUGUGCGGAGGCUUGAAAUCCCAGAAUGCAUCCUGCUGGUGACCCAGCGGAUCACAAAGUACCCUGUGCUGUUUCAGAGAAUGCUGUUGCACACUAAAGACGCGGACGAGGACUACGUUGACCUGAGCGAGGCCAUCCGGUUGGUGAAGGAGGUGAUCGCCGCCGUCGACAGCAAGGUGAACGAGCACGAAAAGAAGCGGCGCCUGAAGGAGUUCCACGGCCGCAUGGACAGUAAGUCCAUCAUGAUUCUGAAAAGCGGCCAGUUCUUCGCCAGGGAGGAUCUGCUGAGGCGGAAGCUGAUCCACGACGGAGCGCUGCAGCUGAAGAACACACAGGGAAGGCUAAAAGAUGUUCAAGCUCUCCUGCUAUCGGACGUCUUGGUCUUCCUUCAAGAGAAGGACCAGAAAUACGUCUUUGCCAUGCUGGACCAGCGCUCCACGGUCAUCUCCCUCCAGAAGCUGAUCGUCCGGGAAGUCGCCAACAAGGAGCGCGGCCUCUUCCUCAUCACGGCGGGCACCGAGAAGCCGGAGAUGAUGGAGGUCCUGGCCAGCUCCAAGGAGGAACGCAACACCUGGAUGCAGCUCAUCCAGACCGCCAUGCAGUCCAUGGAGAAAGACGAGGACGAGGGGAUCCCCAGUGAGACGGAAGACGACAAAAGACAAUUGGAGAGCAAAGCCAAAGAGAUGAGAGAUAUGUUGAAGCAGAAAGAUACGGAGAUUAUGUCUCUGCUGGAGGAGAAGGUGCGGCUCUUCAGGGAGAUGUGGGAGGGCCUGAGCCCCGGCGAGGAGGCCUGCAGGCAGGUCGAGCCCUUCUUCAGGUCAGCCUGCAGCCAGGAGCCGCCUCAGGGGGCGUCCAUCAUGAAAGACGCCCUGCUGGAAGUGGAGACGUUGCAGACGCUGGUGAACGGCAGCCUGGGGGGAGCGAUGGCCAGCGUGCACGAGGGAGGAGCCGCCGGGCCCGUAUGCCUGCCCCGUCGGGCCGAGACGUUCGGAGGCUUCGACAGUCACCAGAUGCACGGCGGCAAGAGUGGAGACAAAGACGAGAGCGAGGACGCGGUGGGAGACUUGCGCAGGACGGAGUCGGACAGCGUUUUGAAGAAGGGAGGAAACGCCCACCUGCUGCAGCUGCUGAAGAGGAACAGUGAGCAGGUCCUCCACAGCGUCUCCAACCUGCAUCUCCUGCUCAGCACUCUGCAGGCGGUGGUGGUCCAGCAGGACAGCUACAUCGAGGACCAGCGGCAGGCCCUGAGCGAGCGCUCCUCCUCGUGCUCGUCGCUGUCGCGCCAGUCGUCACGGCCCAGCUCGCUGAUCGAGCAGGAGAAGCAGCGCAGCCUGGAGAAGCAGCGGCAGGAGCUGGCCUCCCUGCAGAGGCAGCAGGCCGCUCUGGCCGAGGAGAGGCGGAGGAGGGAGAGGGAGUGGGAGCUGAGGGAGCAGCAGCUCUCAGACAGAGAGUCCACGGUGCACCUGCAGGAGGAGGAGGUGCAGAAGCAGCAGAAGCAGCUCGACGAGGAGAGGAAAGAGCUGCAGAGCAAGAAGGAAGAGUACCAAAGAGACCUGGAGAGGCUGAGAGACGCCCAGAGGAAGCUGGAGAAGGAGAGGGAGGCCGUGCAGCGGCAGAUCCACAGGAUGGAAGAGCUGCGGCUGUCUGAGAGGACUCCCUCCACGACGUCCGACGAAUCCCUGUUCCUGGGCAGCUCCCAGUCCCUGGAGCUGGACCCCCUGGAGCUCUCCUCCUCCUCGUCUUCGUCCUCCACCCUGCCCAGGCUGCAGCCUCCACGCUCCAAGGCCAGCAGGAAGGGCCUGAACCCGUUCACCUCGUCGUCCUCCGGCAGCCUCAAGAGCUCCGAGGCCAACAGCCAGAUCUCCAAGGGCUUCCUGCAGCUGGCCAAGACCAAGAGCAAAGACGGAAAGAAGAAGAAGAAGAGCAAAGGCGGCAGCGCACAGGCGGCAGACCCCCAGCAUGUUCCCGAGCCCCCCAUGGACGGAGAGAUCUUCUUCUGCUAAGACUCUGCCACGGCGGCGGCGGCGGCGACUCCAUCGUCGCUCUCGACAACCCGGAGGCGACGUGUUCCUGCGCACUUUCUCAGUACGACAUGUAGCACAGACUGCCCUUCCGUUUGGAUUUUCGUUUAGAGGUGCAACCAAGAAGCCUUUAGUUUAGUUUUGGUUUUUUUUCGAGGCUGGUACCACUUCUUAUGUUCGGCUCAUUCCCAGAUUCGUUAUGGAAUGUAAGCGAUGGAAGAAGUAAUAAAAACACACACACAUUUGAAAAACGAAAAAACCGUGCUGCAUAUUGAAUCCGAUAGAGAGAGGAACGACAAGAUGAGUCCAUCCAUUAUGAAUCAGAGCAUAUGUUCCAGCUUUAUUCAUCGGGACUUCGCUGUAAAAGAGCAUCAAACUGGCAGAGGCAAUUAAAGACCCAACAGAAAAACUUAGUUUUUUAUGGAAUUGAGGAAUUUAUGCAUAAGGAGAAACGGAAAAAUUGGGGAUUUGACAUCACCAAUCAGAGCCAAUCAAAAGAACAUGGGACAGUUGCCACAACUCUGACCAAUUGAUCAAUGCAAUUGAUCAAUUGAUCAAUGUCUAGCUUGUCUCCACAAGCUAGACUCUGUUUUCUUUUCCAGCACACGAACGCCCGUUCAAAUCCCAACGCAAACUAAACCAAAAGUACUUCCUUUUGGUCUAGUUUCUAGUACGGAUAUCUUAGUAAACCUGAAAUAAGACAAAACCAACUGAGUAACCUUUCAGCAAUAGGAGCUUGUUUUAAGUAAUCUAUUCCUUAAUAUUGAUGAAAAAACUGCCGGUUCCACUGGCAGGUUAUUUCACUUAUAACAUGGGAAAAAUGUCUUGUUCUAAGUUUAAUAGACUUGCUGAAAAGUUACUUGUAAGUUAGUUUAGUCUUAUUUUAUGUGUACUAAUAUAUUUCCACUAAAAGCUUGACCAAAGAUUUUGUUUUUUUGCAGUGCAGGAACAGAUUAGCGCUUCACCGCAACGUUUUCGACGCUGAUCACUUUUGUUAACUGUUAAUCGACGACUGGGGAAAAAAAAAAAAAAAAAAGCACUGAAGGGCCUCGUGUUGUCCUGGCAACAUUAGCCUUUUUUUAUCACCAGGAGCUGCUGCCUCCGUGUUUCACUCCUGACAAAUCACAUCACACAUCACAACCACUUUCUUUUAUGUUUUGCUGCCGCCAGAUCGUAAGCUAAGCGGACGCGGCGAACGACAAGUUGAGCAAUCCGCGGCGGCUUUACGCCGUCCAUCACGGUUCCUGAUGAGGUUGUUAAUUUAUUUAAAUUGGGGAUGUCUCCAUUUUGGAGUGAAACUCUUAAGACUCCGCUGUAAUGAAAGGAUGGAGACGUGCGCUAUCUCUCCGUGUCAAACGGCUCAAUUCAUAUCCUUUUAGUGUGUUGUAGAACCUUGGAUGGAUAUUAGCUUGAUCCCGGCGUUAUCUGCCUGUCAAUGAGCUUUUAUGCAGCCCUCAUCUUUCAUCCGAGCCCAGACUACUGGAGGGGAGACAGCGGGGUGUUAGGGAGGUUUUACUUUUGUGUUUUAAUUGCAUAUAACGCCGCAGGUAGCAUACUAAUGGCUGCUGUUAAAGCGUUGGCUCUUAUUUUUUAAAAUUAUUUUUUCAUUUCUGCUUUUGGCUCUGAUUAGAAAGUCCGUAGACGGAAGCUACACGGCAAAACCACGAAGCCUUUGGUCUAGUUUCUAGUGCCAAUAUCUCAGUACAUUUGAUGAGACAAAACUACCUUGCAAGUAACUUUUCAGCAACUUAUAGGAGCUGGUCAAUAAUUCCUUAAUAUUGAUGAGGAAGUGCUAGUUCCACUGGCAGAUUGUCAGCGAUGAGACAUGCUGUAAGUGAAAAAAAUCUGCCAAUGGAAGAAGUUGGGUUUUUUUUUUAUCAAUUAAUUAUUGACCAAUAUGCAGAGAGAUUCGCACUGGAAACUAGAUGAAAAUAACUUGGUCAGGUUUUAUGUUUUCGCAGGGUUUAAAAAAGUAAAAGAAGGAAACACGAAAGCCACUAGACUAAAGCUUCUCAUUUCACAGAGUUCACUCUGUAUUUUUAAGCACUUUUUGGUCCCAAAACAUUGAUACAUCUUUUAUUUUAUAUCGAUAUAGAUUUUUUGAUGUUUGUUUAUUAUUUGAAAUCCAGUUGAACAACAAUCCAAAGAGACACCAUGUGUUCAAGUGUAUAAAAUAUGUAGUUUGUUUCUUCUUUUUUUUUAUAUUUGAGGGGGGGGGGGUUUCCUGUAGUGCAAACUGGACUGUUUGCUCCUCCAAACCUAGAUUUUGUAGGCUGUACAGUUUACCUGCUGGACAGGUAGGAUGAAGAAACAAAAACACAAAACAAAACAUGAAGUUGUGAGAACAAAAACACAACGUGGCAGUAUGGGAGCGAGCGGAGUCAACGCCAUGCUUUCCUCUUUCGUCUGUCUCGCUCAGUGCUUGUUUGCUACCUGCCCUCACUGCGCCUGCGUGCAGGACUGGAGUUAUCGUAGGACGUCCCGUGAGAGGCUCACGGUUCCCGCCAGUUAUCUGCUUCACGUCUUUGAGUUUAUGGAUUUCUGUCGCAGAAACGGAAAGAAAAGGGCUUUUACCUUUUUUACUUUAGUGUGUUUUUUUUUUUUUUUUUACCACUAGGGAGCACUGCACCGACUCCCUCCAUCCGGGAAACCAAAACAAACAGAAAAGUACAAACCCCCGCUCCUUCCCCCCCGGCGGUGUUGUUGUUUUCUCGGCGGGUCAUCGGCGUACGGCAGAUAAUGUGACGAGCGUGGGCCCUCGCGCUCCGUGACAUUUUCCCCCUGCGGCAUUUGUAACCGACUGAAAGAACAAAUAAGUUGUCAAAUCGUAAUUGGUGAUUCAACGCAGGCAGUCGGCAGCAGCUUUAAUGUUGGAAGAGGGGGGAGGGCGGUCUGAGCCAGGGACAAUCAGCAGACGCAGUUCAGGAAAAUGAGCUCCCUCGUCCUCCACCACCACGACCGUGAUGAUGAGGAUGAUGAACCCGCGUGUGCGUGUGUGUGCAUCAGGUGAAGCCCGCGUAGCCUUACGAAUCUUGACGAUAAAAUGCACUAGAGUAGAAGCCAGCGUCUUCUCGGGACAGAGGAGAGCUUUUAUACCUCUGCUUUCAAUCGAAGGAAAUUUUUGUACCAUAGAAAUGGUACGCUGUUCAUUCUUAGCAUUGUAAAAACAAAAACAAAAGAAAAGGGCAACAAUGUAAAUAUGAUCUCUGUAUAAAUAAAAACCAAUCAACUGUACAAAAAAACAACAAAAAAAAGCAACAAAACAAAAAAUAGUUUGAUUUGUGAUUUAUUGCAACAUUUUGUAAGAAUAUUUUAUUUAUGACUGCCCUGGUCUGUGGGGCAGUGGAAAAUGUAAAAGCAUAUUUCACAAUAAUAAUAAUAAUAAAAAAUUCAUAACACA